AGGAGAUUCCAAACCGAAAAGGGUUUUUUUAUUUGAUGAAGAGAGAUGAAGAGGCAAAAGGUAAUCGAGUUAGACUGUGUGGAGACGAAAGGCUUCAACAUAGAUUGGGAGAAUGUUUUGGUCGAUGAAGAAGUGCCGGAGUUGGAGAUCAUCGGCAGUGCAGACAAAACUCCACCGCGUGAGACUACUCUCUCCGGUGAUGAUUCCGGCGUCUGCGUGCAAUCCCUCAGUGAUAGCGAACUCGAGGAUCAUCUGAAGCGUCAAAGAUCUCUUCUUUCUGCUUUCAGUGAGAAGUUGCCAGACAAGGGCAACAGAAUCCGCACCAGAAUCGGAAACAUCGAGUACGAGAAGCAGCGAAGGAUGCUUCGCCGCACCAAAACGGAUGCAGACAGAUGUCAGAUUCUCGCACAUUCGAAAAGCUCAGAUGUGUUUAGGCAAGCGAAGACAGCUUCAAAAGACAACUCUAGACAAGAGUAUACGGGAUCAAAAGACGUGUCUCGGUCAAUACCUGCUGCUCAUUUUAGUGAGAAACCCAAAAUGGAUGCUCAACCAGUGAAAUUAUUUGAUGAAGAACUACAAUAUUUGGGACGUGAAAGCUGGAAAAGCAAGGCUGGUAGAGAGACGACACCAAAACAAAGCAAUGGGUGGCGCUCGCUGCCAAGAUUAGGCAAGUGUCAGAUCAUUGAAAAUAACUUUUAUUCUGGAUUGAAGGACCCAAAAGGGAAUCGAAAACCCAAUAAAGCUUCUGUAGAAAGAAAACCAAAGGAAUCUUCUCCUUACUUACUUGUCGAUGAUGAUGAUGAUGAUGAUGACGACAACACCGUCAUUGGCUAUGAAAAUCCAAGGGAGUGGAGUUUGAAAGCAUCGCCAUCACAUAGGUCAAGCUGCAGGAAGAAAUCAGAUAACAAAGUGAUAAAUUUGGAUGAAGAUGAACCUCAAUCUCCAACAGUAGAGGAAGUUCUUGAACUUCCUGAAGGGUUACCGGAAGAUAUUUGCUACCCAUCAAGGGACGACCCAGACUUCGUUCAAGUGUCUCUUAAAGAUUUCCAAUGUCUUUCACCUCGAGAAUAUCUUACAUCGCCAGUUAUAAAUUUCUACAUCAGGUUCUUGCAGCACCAUGUCUUUUCAGCGAAUCAGACAGCUGCUGAUUCUCAUUUCUUUAACACAUUUUUCUACAAGAAGCUCAUAGAAGCUGUUUCAUACAAGGGUAACGACAAGGAUGCAUUUUUUGUGAAGUUGAGACGGUGGUGGAAGGGUUUUGAUAUAUUCCGUAAAUCAUAUAUCUUUAUACCAAUACAUGAAGAUCUACACUGGAGCUUAGUAAUAAUUUGCAUCCCAGACAAGGAAGACGAAUCAGGAUUGACUCUACUUCACUUAGAUUCAUUGGGACUUCACCCAAGAAAAGUAAUCUUCAACAAUGUCAAAAGGUUUCUGAGAGAGGAAUGGAAUUAUCUUAACCAAGAUGCUUCUUUAUCGGAUUUACCAAUCUCAGAAAAAAUAUGGAGAGACCUUCCUGAUAGGAUCAAUGAAGCUCAAGUGCAGGCUAGUCUUUUUCACUUGUUAAGUUGCAUAUUUUACUUGAAAGAUAAAUUAAAGAAUCCAUCGAAUAUUAUUCCAUCACCUUCUCAACAGGUUCCACAGCAGAAGAAUGAUUUCGAUUGUGGUCUGUUUGUGCUCUUCUUCAUAAAACAGUUCAUCGAAGACGCUCCUCAGAGGCUGAAAUUGCAUGAUUUGGGAAUGAUUCAUAAGAAGUGGUUUAAACCCGAUGAAGCCUCCGCUUUGAGGAUCAAAAUCUGGAACAAACUCAUUGAGCUAUUCCGUGAGAGUAAUCAAACAAAUUAAAGCUGUAUAUAACAGAUUCAUAUCAAGGCAAUUCAUUGAUAAAUGUUUUAAUUAGUGGUUUUUCACA